AUGCAGUCCGCCUCCAGUUCCUCUCGCACCCAGCGCCCAUACGGUGGAGAGUCUGGUUCACGGAGCCCGUCGGCACAAGCCCAGCACAACCCAACAGGGUCUGUAGGCAGUGCAGAUUCCGUCAUGGCUUCUCAAUCCUCCGCGCCUCGCAGUUCCUCCGGAUCGACAAGAUCCCAGUCUUCGAGGGGUGCUGUGCACGAUAGGCAAAUCUCCCAGAUCGAGAAGAGCGUGACACAUCUAUUGGUUGCCACAAAGCAACUGCUGGAAACCUUGACACAAUGGUCCCGGAGGCAGGCUUCGGAGAAUGAAGUCUCGGAUGUCUAUGUGCGUCUGGGGUAUGAGUUCAACCUUGCCUGUCGCGCGUUCAAUGCUAUCGGUGUCGACACCUCAGACCUCGGCCCUGUGCCUGAUCUGCUUCGUACGAUUCUUGAAGAUACACUCAGUCAGGAUGCCUCAACGCAAAGUCUCGAUCGGUAUCUCCCGCGCAUUAGGGACAUUAUUAUUAAUCUCCUCCAUGGCCUGAAGAAGAAACAGGCUCGCUUACGUUCUCGGCAACAGAGAGAAGAUAGCAGAGGCGUGUCCGGACGACAGGCAAGUGCGGGGAGCGUUUCUAGCGGACAGGCCGCUAUGAAUCAGAUGUACGAAGAAGCUGCUUCGUCAGUAACAUCACCGAGGCGGUCAGGUCGUCGCUAUGGGAGCAAUGGUUCCAUUGAAGAGCAGCCCCGAGCGUCCGCUGGCUCGCCAGUAGAUCCGCGAGGAACAAGCUAUUCUGAACGUGAAGCGUCAAGACGCGAAGCCCAACAGAUUCUUUCUCAGCCAUCCGAGAACGACCCGAAUUCAAAAGGCGCUACUACGCCUGCAGCCAGUAUCGCUGCCGCUUAUCCACCGCCACCUCCCCCUCCGAAGCAGGACGAUGCUCUCGGUGCCCUGCAAAGAAGUGGGGAGCUUGAGCGACGUGCAUCGCGGAGAUUUUCUGCAUACCAAAUACAGAAACACCUCGGUACCUCGACAGCUGGUGUUCCAGUUCUUCCAACCCAAAAUUCCCCCAUACCAAACCGAGGCCGUGAUGUUCGAGAGUCUCUGAAUGCUGUUCGCUUGCGGGGCUCCGUUGCCCAUGGGAGACAAAAAUCAACAGCCAAUCGUGCGCAGGAAUCAUCCCAUCAAGCGAAAAAUAGCCAGUCGCAGGUGCCAACCAUCAUCCCUCCUGCGGUGGAAGGGCCCGCCAAACCCCCAGCUGAACUCCCGGCCGAACCGUCAGUGGAGGAUUCGCCGAUUCUCAAAACUCCAGAAGACAAACUUCCCAAGCCCCCGGAUAACGAGACCCUUGAUACCCCCGACAUAGGUGGAUCGCAAGCUAGACUGUCUCGCCCCACGGACGAGCCAUCCCUUGCGGAAGCAUUCGAGCCAGUGAAAGACGCUAUAGAUACCGCGAUAGCUCCUGGAACACCGCCAUCCGACCGCCAGAGGCCUUCCACUGCAGUUUCUACUCCCCCCAGAUCCUCCCAAUUCUCGGGUGAGCACCCGUCUCCUGGAAAGGAUCUUACGCUAUUUUUGCAGUACAAGAGCAAAAUCAAGAAAUAUGUCCUUCCAGAAGGCCCUGCAGGCCUCACAAUUGGAAGACUACAACUGGCCUUUAUUGAAAAGUUUGCUUGGAAUACGCAUAGCAACGGGGCUGAUUUACCUGAAAUUUACAUACAAGACACAGUAUCGGGUGUUCGACAUGAACUUGAGGACUUGAAUGAUGUGAAGGAUCGAUCAGUGCUUGUUUUAAACGUCGAUAUUUUGGAUGAGGUAAAAAAGCACUUUGAUGACGAGUUCGGCGGUGUCCGUCGCCUGAUUGAGGGCGUCAAGGGUGCCCUGGAUGGACAAGAAAAUGUCAUGCAGCGGGUCUCGGAUCGUCAGCUAGAGGCAGCCAAGGAGAUGGCUCGCCUGGCUGCUGCUCCUCCUGUGCCUGUCGCAAGCACCUCGAAAACUGGCGAGGCCCGCAAGGGCCCAAUUACUGGUAGCACUAGCCAACUCGCUGAAUUGCAGAGCUUACGGCGUGAUCUGGCUGUUUUGCGUCAGACAUACUCGAACUUCACAUCAGAUAUUACCAGCUCGAUGAGCGCAAUCCGGACCAAGGCUGGUGGGGUUAAAACUGUCGCUGCCGAUGCUGCUGUGCCAUCAUUCGAAGGAGAUGCCGGUCGCUCUCGAAUCAAUUCCGGAAAGAAGGAGCUUGCAGAUGAGUCCGAGCGGCUCGUGGCACGUGUUGAUGACCUGCAGGAUCUGGUUGAAGAUCUUCGUAAGGAUGUUGUGAGCCGUGGUGUGCGUCCACUCCCCAGACAACUGGAGAGUGUGAGCAAGGAUAUCAGUGCGGUCACUAGGGAAAUGAAGAAGAUGCAAGACUUCCUGAAGCGGGAGAAGCCGGUUUGGACAAAGAUUUGGGAGAAGGAGCUGCAACUUGUUUGCGAGGAGCGAGACCAACUCACUAUGCAGGAAGACCUUGCCGCUGAUCUUCAGGAUGACCUCGAGAAGGCCGCACAGACCUUUGCUCUCGUUGAGCAAGCUACUAAGCAGCAGGCCGUUCAAAAUGAGGUUGGGGGUGUUACCUUGCGUAGCACCUCGCGGAAUGUGGUGAUUGACCCCGCAGUCGAUCCCAUGAAGGCCAAGGAUGGAGUCCUGGGCGAAGUUCGCGCUCUACAACCUAACCACGAAUCCCGCCUCGAGGCCAUCGAACGAGCGGAAAAGGCCAGGAAAAAGGAGUUGGAAACCCGCCGAAUUGGCAAGUUCCAGAAAGAACUCGGUAAAUUCGUUGAAGAAGGCAAGUUGAAAAAGAGUGGCGGUGUGGAAGAAACUGAAAGACUGCGCCGAACUAAAGAUGAGCGCAUCCGAAAGGAGGUAUGGGAGAGACAGCAAGCUCGAGCGGCUGAGAUGGAGAAGGCUGAGGCUGAAGCAGCUGCGGCCGCCGUGGAACCUGAGCAGUCGGAGCAAUCAGCCGACGCAGAGCAAUCAGCCGACGCCGAGCAAUCCACCGACGAAAAUGAAACCGCUGGCGAAAACGGAGAAGAGGUGGAAAAGAAGGAGGACGAAUCCCCGGAAAACGCCCCAGCUUCGGAGGAAGAGCCGCAUAAGAAGGAAGAGCGCAGCAAGGAUGAGGAGUCGAAGAAUGAGAGCCCAGCAGACCAUGCGGACCAAUAA